GCUGCGGCGGUUCCUCAGCAGCAGCAGCAGCAGCAGCAGCAGCAGCAGCAGCAGCAGCAGCAGCAGCAGCAGCAGCAGCAGCAGCAGCAGCAGCGCUUCUCUCGAUCGGUUUUCCGCUCGACUUUCCACUCGCUCCCCAUCCCCUUCUCCCUCUCACACUCACUCCGCUCCCGUCCCGUCCCGUCCCGUCUGUGUCCCGCCUCUCCCAGCCCGGCUGAUGCCGCGUCCCGCAAGGCGCCCCUCGGCGGGGUCGCCCCGUGCCCGCCCCUGCCCGUCCCGCCGCGGAGCCGCCUCCGCCGGGCUCUCUCCGUACUGGCUGUGGCGCCGCUGGAAGUGCCGCUCGCUCUGGUGCUGGCGGAGCAGCGCGGUCUUUUGGCUCCGCCUGGCGCGGGCUCUGGCCCGGCCCCGGCCGAGGCCCCGGCCCCGAACGAAGCUCCUGCCGCGGUUCCGCCCGCAGCCGCCCCGCUGCCGCCCCGCGCCCGCCCCGUCGCCGACAGCGUCGCCGGCGGCUUCCCCGCUCCGAGCUCCGCCGCUCGUCAGCUCGGCCGCCGGCCCCGAGCCGCCGCAGCCCGGGGCGGCUCGGCAAGCAGCAGCGCGCCGGGCGCUCGGCUUGGCGGGGCAGAAGAGCGGGAGCGCGGUGCCGCCCGCACGGGCGGAGAAGCCUCCCCUGGAGCAGCUCUACCGGGAGGGCCCGCUGCUGGGGAGCGGCGGCUGCGGCAGCGUUUACUCCGGGACCCGGCUCGCCGACGGCGCCCCGGUGGCCAUCAAGCGAGUGUGCCGCGAUCGCAUCCCGGAGUGGGCGCGGCUGCACAACGGCGCCCUGGUGCCCCUGGAGCUGGCGCUGCUGUGGAUGGUGUCGUGCCCUGGCUUCCGCGGCGUCGUGCGGCUCCUGGACUGGUUCGAGCUGCCCGACGGCUUCGCGCUGGUCAUGGAGCGUCCGCAGCGCUGUCAGGACCUCUGGGACUUCCUGCACGAGCGGGGGUUCCUGACGGAGCCCGUGGCGCGGGGGCUGUUCCGCCAGGUGCUGGAGGCCGUGCGGCACUGCACCAGCCGCGGCGUCCUGCACCGCGACAUCAAGGCCGAGAACGUCCUCGUCGACCUGGCCACGGGCGAGGCGAAGCUCAUCGACUUCGGCUGCGGCACGAUCCUCCAGGACACGUUCUACACCCGGAUGUCAGGAACGCCGGAGUACAGCCCACCGGAGUGGAUCCUCUUUGGCUGCUACCAUGGCCAGCCAGCCACCAUCUGGUCCCUGGGCAUCCUGCUCUAUCACCUGAUCUGCGGGCACCUUCCUUUCCACACAAACGAGGACAUCGUCCGGGGCCAGCUCUUCUUCCCGCCCCGGGUGUCUCAAGAGUGCCAGCACCUCAUCAGGUGGUGUUUAUCCAUGGACCCCGCAGACAGGCCAUCACUGGAAGACCUUUUUGAGCAUUCUUGGCUGCAGGAGCCCUGCCUGGCCCAGGAGACAGCAGAGACCCAUCCCUCUGCUCAGUAGGAUCCAGGGGCCCAGCAAGUACCAGCUGCAUGCGUCUGGUGGCACUCCAAGAAAACCCCAGAGCGUUUCCCUGCGGCCGCAGCACGGAGGAGAGAGCGCAGCCGAGGAGAUGCUUCCGCUGGUCCCCGGCGAGUUGUGGAGGGAGCGGCUCAGUGCUCCCCGUGCCACUGGAGAAGUGGUGGCAGUGCGGUGAAGGUGCCACGGACUGGAACAGGGGAAACAUCCCCCUGCAGCUCAAUGACAUCGGGAUGUCCCCGCAAGCCGAGGCACAGCUGGCGUGUUCUUCUGGAGCACCACGUGGAGCUGGGAACACCAUCCUGGAGCUGGCCGCUGGCGGGGCAAAGCCGAGCGGCUUUGGCUGCGGCCCCUUCCUGGAGGACACGCUCUGCGCCCCGAUGAAAUCAAGAUGAGUCCCCAGCCGGCGCAGGGGCGGGGGGAUGCUCGUGCUUCCAGGCAUGGCAGGGCUCGGCCUGGCCACGCGCCGCAGGUUCCCCGCUCGGCGGCGCUGGGGAAUAUUAAUUUUUCCCCUGGCUGCCGAGCUGCUUUUUGGUGGGACAGGGGACAGAUGUUGUGGAAGGGGAGCAGGCUCCUGGCCUUGCUGACAGCUUCUGCCAGCCAGCCUGGCACGGGCUGGGGCGGGGGCAGCCAGCCUGACAAAACAUCCAUCCAUGUGGAUGGUGGCAGCAGAGGGGGACGGGUUCCGAAGCCGUGCCCCAGCUGGUCUGCUUUGCAGGCCCUCGAGGAAGGGGUGCGUUUACGGGUGGGAAAGGUGGGGUUUUUCCCCACCCGUGGACAGGUUUCAUUCUCGCAUGGAGUGGUCAGACCCUCCUCAGGCCCGUGAAACGGUGACAGGCUGUGUAGGUUUUUCUUGUUUCCAGAUCUUGCUUUGAAUUGACUUCCAUGCAAUUGUUCUUUGUUUUCCCAGGAAGAUUACACCUGGUGCCCGGACCGGACGGGGAAGCGCCUGCACCGUCCGUGGAGCACAUCCAGGGCCAGCGCUACCCCAGGGGCCACGGCCUGCAGGGACAUCCCCUUCAAGAAGGACGAGGACCUCGUGUGGGAUCGGCUCCUCUCCUGGCAGCAGGUCUGCAGAGGUGGGUACCCGGCUCCACAGCUGGGCUGGCAGAAGGGCUUCGGGCAGAGGGCAGCGGGCACACGGGCAUCCCGCCCUUGCAGCUGCUGAGGAGGCUGCUGUGCUGUGCUGAAGCGGAGGAGGUGGAACGUGGCCUGCCACGCUGCCCUUCUCUCGAAACAGAGAAUGGCUCGGGAGGUUUGGGCUCUGAGCACAGCCAGCAGCCUGGCCCAGGCACAGGCCAUGGCAGGACAGGGCACAGGAGCCUUCUGUGACUGACCGUGGCUCUCUGGUUUCUCUCCGCAGGCUGCCAGCACCUCAUGCCAUGGAAAUGGCUCCGCUCGGCCUGCCAGGCUGGGAGGGCUGGAGGGCGGCGGGUGUUCAUUUGCUGUCAGAAAGGAAUCGUUCUAUUUUUUUGUCAUCAUCAUGAUCAGAGCAUUUCUUUCAUCCUUUUCCAAGCUUUUGGCCUCCCUUCCUCCAGGGUAAUCUUUUUGUGUCCUUCCUCAGCCACUUGAUGGCAUUUGGCAGGGGGGGUUAAGCAAUGUGAAAAGUUCAACAACAGCUCCUGUUGCCAACUGCAGCAGCCCCUUCAAGAGCCCUGAGCUUCCAGCGAGGUCCACGUGUGCCUUGCCAAAGGGAGUGGUUUGCAGCGAUGGCGUUGUCGCCCUGCUGCAAAAGCUGGGAGGAAGUCAGAAGUGGCAAAAUGCCAAUUUGGCUCAACCCCUGCCCAGGUUCUGCAUCUUUCCCCUCUGCUCGGUGACAGGCAGGCAGGGCUGGACUCCAGCAAGGUUCAAGUUCUUGGUGCUCCCUGGCAUCGAGGGGAUCAAGUAAACUCUUGUAUGCAGUGGCUGCAAUAGGGCUACUGAAGGGAAAAAGGAGAUGUCGUGAGGUGGGGAAUCCUUCUUGUCUCCUUUGUCUCCCCAGGAGCCCCUUGGAAAGGGAAAUGCCCACACGGGUUUAUCUGACUCCUUCCCAGCCAGCCUUUCCCUCAGUCCCGGCUCUCAUUUGCUCCGCAGGCUUCACCAGCUCGCUCAGCUCAGAGGAGCUCUCAGAGGAGAAAACGCUGCCUGGCGUGGGGCUGGCUGAUCCCUGUCUCAUCUUGAUUCCAUUUCCGUGCUCCCUCCCCCAUCCAAGAGAGCGAAGGAUCCCGCACAACCUGUCACAAUCCAAUCUUGUGGGGUGUUUGUGAUGG